AAUAAAGCAAUGCUGGAUAUGGUUAUCGGUCCUCUGGACUCAUGAGUUGAAAUCCUUGCUGGGAACAUUGGGCUAAGAGUAGUGGAAACCAGGCUUUUAAUCUGAUAUAUCCUUGGGUAUUUGACUGCCUUUGGAUUUAAAUUAAGAUUUAUGAAUAUGCAUCUGUAUUCUAUAGUAACAGGACUCUUCAUUCAGUAUUUCAUCUACAGAGAACACAUAGUAUUUAUCUAUAUUAUGCUGCUCAUCACAAAAAUCUCGAUGCACGUAAUAGAGAGGGAGAAGCAACCCUGGAUCAUAUUUGUACUCAAUUUAGGCAUAUCUUCUGUAUAUUUGAUCGGAGAAUCUUAUUUAAACUAUGGAGAAGUCGUAGUGAACUUCACUUAUAAUACAAUCAUUCUCUGUCAGAAACUUUCUACGCUAGGGUUCUGCUACAGAGACGGAGAUCCAAAGUAUAAUAAUACGCUCAGCAAGCAUGACGAGAGGUGCAGAAUUGAGAAAAUUCCAACCAUUGUAGAGUUUCUAAGCUAUAGCAAUUACCCCUGAAUUACAAUGUUAGGACCAUUCUUUGAAUUUAAGGAUUACAUAAAUUUCAUCGACCAAAAAGGUGCUUAUGCUGAUCCUCCUUUUCAUUUCUUAAAGUCCUUGCUAAAGUUCUCUACAGGGUUUAUCUUUCUAGGAGUAUCGAUCUACUUGGACGGUGUGGUGUACUUAGACUUCAUGGUCUCAAAAGAAUUUGGACAGCUGAAUUUUCUAACCCAGACUGUAUACUGCUUCCUUUACAUGAAGAGCUAUGCUUAUAAAUUAUUAGCCAUUUUCUCAUUCGCAGACGGAUCUAAUAUUCUUAGUGGUUUCAGCUAUGGAGGCAAGGAUGAGAAAGGAAAUCAUAAGAAUGAUAGAAACGUCGCCUGUGAUAUAGUCAUGGUCGAGACCAGUUCCAAUCUCAGGGAUAUAUACAAUAGCUGGAAUGUUCAGGUCUCUCUGUGGUUAAGAUAUUAUGUCUACGUGAAAUUUGAUGAUAAAGAUAGCAAAAGCAACAUGAAAGCAACAUUUGCAGUCUUCUUUGCUUCUGCUCUUUGGCAUGGCCCCUAUCCUUCGAACUAUCUGUUUUUCUUGUUUGCAUUCAUAGGGUUGUCGACCUCCAGGAUGAUUUUUAAACAAGGGUGGAUAUUUAGCUUCAUCCCUUACAUUUUUAAAAGGAUUCUUGGGUGGAUUCUUUCAUGGAUGUUUUUGUCAAACUUAGCAGCGUUAUUUCUAAUGAGAACUGGAGCCAACAUGCUAAUAUUAAUGGGAAAUACUAGGUGCAUAAGUUUGGUUCUUGUUGCUGCUUUCUAUCUAGUUUUCUCUGUUAUUAGUGCUGUUACUCCUAAGUCAAAAGGUAAAGAAGGAAAGGAAAAGAAGAAAGUUGAAUAAUGGUAUAAUUUCAGCAAUCA